AUGCUAAAUUCUUAUGAUACUCCAGAUUUUCGAGAAACUAUAGAAUAUAAAGGUAAUCUGGCAAUUAGACCUAUUAAAUAUGAUUUGAAAUUGUUUGAUUCUAUUGAAACUCUCAUAUGUCCAGAAUUAUAAAUAACAACAAGAUGUUAACAAAUAUUCUUUUUUAUGCAAAUGAUGUAUUUUUUUGUCAUACAUAUGUUUUAUUUGAUAAUACCUAAAACAUUUAUUACUGAAAGUCCUUUAAUAUAUGUAUUUUCAUGGAGGUAAUUGAUUAAUAAAAAUAGUAUCCUUGUAGUUGAUUCGUUUUAGAUUAAUUUAUCACCAAAUACUUCUAAACGAUUUCCUAUAAAUAUAUUACUAUUUACUUUUGGAAGUUUCGCAAGAGUUUUUGUCUAUUUAUUCAUAAGCGAAUAUUUUGAUAUAUCUAAGUUUUUGUUACUCAACUUAAUGACUAUUUCUUUAAUUAUCUACAUUAGAUUUAAAGUAUUGCAAUAAGCUUAUCAUACAUAUAUGGAAAUUAAUCAAAUGAAGAAUCCCUUCUAAUUAAAUGAAGAAUUCAUGAAUGAACCAUAAGUAGAUAAGGAUUGGGAUUUAUUAAUGAGUAGACAAGAAGAGGAUCUAAAAUAAUUAGAAAAUGAUAGUUAGGAAUAAGAGGAAGAAGCAAGUGAAAAUAGUUUAGAAAGGGAAUAAGACUAAGUUAAAUCUAAAGGGUAGAAGAGUGAAAUCACUAAUAAAAAUUAACCUAUUCUUAAUGAAUUAAAAUAAGAAGAAUAACUUAAAAAUAGCUAAGUUAUAAACAUUAACAAUAUAUUGGAUUUUAAAGUAUUCUAUUAUAAUUAUAUGAUUGCAAUUAUUGUUCCAUGUUUUAUGUGGGCAUUUUUUUAUUUCCCUAUUAAAUAAUUGAUUUCAGUACUCAUCUUCAAUAUGCUUUAUCUUACAUUUAUAUGGAUACAUUGCAAAACUUACUAUUCAGAGAGAAGAAUAUUUGUAUUAAUUUACAAUAUGGAAAAUGCUUAUUUACUAUUAACUGCUUAUUUUGAUUCUGAUUUCUUAUGUCCAUGGUGGUUAUUAUAUGAAUUAAUUAAAAUGGGAGAUAAAAAUUAUUAAAAGAAAAUGAGAUUAUCCUCUUAUUGA